CUGAAUUAAGCGCGCGUCUGUCGUUUGAGGUUAAUUUUUCACUCACGGUAGCCAUUUUGAGGUUUAUUCUGGAAAAUUGUAUUACUCGCUACGCCGGGUGCUUAAUUGUUGAUUUGUUUUCUUUGUUACCGUUAUUAAUAUUUUCGGUGUUUUUUGCAAGCGUCAACUAUUUGCAAUUAUGAGUGAUCGUGAGAACAGUCCAGAUGCUGUUGGAAAUAACUCGGAUAGACAAUCAUUAGAAGAGAAAACUCCUUCUCCUGAAGGUUCACCAUCCCAUCAGGUUGAUGAAGAAAGACGAUCUCGCAGUAGAAGCCGCAGUCGUUCCAGAUCUCAUUCCUUUCGUAGGCGCAGGUCCUACUCCCGAUCAAGUAAAACAAUUGAAAAUGCUGAUGAAGUUGAAACUGAAGGUCAAAGAAGCCGAUCCAGGGGGCAUCGUUAUCGUCAUUACAGCAGAUCCAGGUCUCGCAGUCCUAGACAUCGCAGAUACUCCAGGAGCCGAAGCAGGAGCCGUUCAUAUUCUCCAAGGCAUUCGUAUUCUCCUCAGUACAGCCCACGUCGAUCAUACUAUGAUGAUUAUUAUCGUUAUGGUGGCAGCAGAAGCCGUUAUUCUUCUUCUUCUCGUUAUAAUCGUUCGCCUAUGUCAAGUCGACGAAGGCAUAUUGGAAAUAGAGACAAUCCAGAGCCCAGCAGAUGCUUAGGAGUGUUUGGCUUAAGUUUGUAUACUCAAGAAAGAGAACUUAGGGAAGUUUUUGGAAAAUAUGGGCCUAUUGAAGAUGUCCAAGUAGUUUAUGAUGCUCAGAGUGGCCGAUCGAGAGGAUUUGCUUUUGUCUAUUUUGAAGAAACUGAAGAUGCAAAAUUGGCUAAAGACAGAUGUAAUGGCCAAGAAAUAGACGGCCGCAAAAUACGUGUUGAUUUUUCUAUCACAAAAAGAGCUCAUACCCCUACUCCUGGAAUUUACAUGGGCAAGCCUACAUACCCUAAAUUUGGUGGUGGUGGUCACAGAGAUGGAGGUUACAGAAACCAUUCGCCUUCACCUUAUUAUGGCAAGCAUCGUUACUCUCGUUCAAGAUCACGCUCCUAUUCUCCCCGGCACUUGGACAGAAGAAAAAUAUGAAGAAUUAAAUCUUCAUUAUGAAGAUGAAUAUAUAAUAGAUUUGAAGCCGAAAAAAUAUUUCAAAUUAGAAGCAGUUUUUGAAAUGAAACAUCCGAAGUUUAGAUUAUGAAGCUUAAAUGUUCUCAAAGAAAAUACAAAAGUGGGCGAGGAAAAGUUUUGGGGGAUAAUUUUGCAAGCUGAAAAUGAAGACAUGAAAAAAGAAGUAUUUUAUGAAGUAACACUGAAGACAGAAGUUGUUCACAGAGGUCUGAAUUCUCUUUGAUGUUUGCUUCAUCAGUAACCAAACAUCAA